AUGGUAGACGCAUGGGACCAUGGCCGCGUACUCAACCUGCAGGCUCAAUGCCGGGCCCAAAAUCUACCAAUUGACGGCACCAGGGCGCAACUUUCGAAGCGUCUGCGAGAACAUCAGCGUGAAAACAAAGUCGGAACAGACAUUCAGACACCUUCUAUUGUCCAUCCGGCCGUCGCCCAAGUAAAUGCUCGCGUUCACAUGCUCCUCGAGAGAGAAAAGGAACGCAAUCGCAUGAGAAAGGCAAAGCAUCCACUUCAACCUGCCGCUGAGCUUCCAGUCAACAGUCAAGCAAUUACGAUGCCAGACAUUCCUGCUGCGCUGCCUACUGUCCUCAAGACCGACAACAGCGAUCUAUUCGUUCGCCUCCACAUGCUCAUCCAGAGCGACAAGCAACCCAGCGGAACCCGUUUAUCUCAAGCUGCCAACGUCAUGGCCAAUAGCCAAGCAAUUGCGAUGCCAGACUAUAUCUCCUUUGAGGAUAGUGACGUCGAUGAUAGCGGUCCAAAUUCCACACGCUUUGCCUAUCUUGCUGCAGAAGAGGAUGAAAGUACCGAGGAAGGGAUUGAGCUUAGUUGCCGAAGAAAUUACACAUCUCUGGACUCGAUCAAACAAAUGCGAGAGGACAAGCAAGCCAUGGUCAAAGGAUACGACAACAAGCUAAAGGAACUGGAUCAACAAGAAGUGGCAAAGCAUAUCGAGGUCCAGAAGGCCUUAAAGCAAAAUGGUCGGAGCGUGACAAAUGCAGCUCAUCGAGAAGCAACUGCAGAACACAAAAUGCAAAAGGCGAAAGUUGAAAAUGAGCGCAAGGAGAAUUUGGCAGCUUUCAAGAGGGAUAAUGUUGUAUGGAAAAAGUCGCAGGCAUGGAAAGUCGAGUUUCCUAAGCUCAAGGCAAUGCGAGAGGCAAGAGGUCUCGAGACAAUCAUUUCAGACUUCGCUCCAUGCCUUGGAUUUAGUAACCCUUCGAGAGCUAUCUCCGGUAUCAGAUCUGCAAAAUCCCGUACGCCAGGAAACGGUAAAUAUGCGGCAGGAUAUGCGGUAGGUAAUGUCGAUGAUGAAACGUCAUCUACACUUUCAAUCCCAAGAAGCAAAUCUGGAAUCAGCGGGUCAUCGACCAUUGACCAUGCCAUUCAAGGGGAAUCCAAUGCACGUCGAUCCUCUAUCUUGCGGUCUGCUUCAGGCGACAAGUCAACCCUCAUAGACAUAUCAGUUGAAGUGGUUGCAUCUUCCAUGCGCGGACUCAACAAGCCGGCAACAUCGACCUCUGGCGAUAACUGUAGCGACAAGUCUAUUCCUGUAGACAUGCCAAUUAAGGUGACUACUUCUUCCAAGCGCAAAGCUGAGGAGGGUGUAGAAUCAAUCUCAUCUGCCAGCAAGCGACGUAGAAUCGACGAACCGGGAGAGUACCGGGCUUGGCGCUCUGAGGGAAUCAGUAGGGGUGAUCUGAGAUUCAAGCUGGCCGACCGUACCUACAUUUGGAUUCCGGAGUACUCUAUUCCUAUGAGUAAUGACAAUCUCAUAGUUGUCAAGAAGAUGGUCGAGUUCUGGGUCGCUGAGGAGAACGUGCAGGCUGAUGAGAAAACUGGCGGCUACUUCAUUGUUUUCGCUGACUCGAAUGAUGGGAUUAGGUAUGCUCGGAAAUGCUUCGACCUUUUCAAGUCGUUCCGUUUUGGGAGCAAUCUGAUACCAGCUAUCCUCUCCUCAAAGGAUGUUAACAUCGACGAGUUCAACGGCAGGGUUGAUGACUGCGUGGCUAAUGACUUGUUGGCUGCCACCCAUGCGUACUUGCGAAAGGGACGCUGA